AUGUCAACCAAAGUAGCUAAUACCACCACCGCCACUAAUCAAUCGAAUCCAAAGUUGGAAAAAGAAUUGACAGAAGAUACAAUUAGCGACAUGUCUAGCGACGGAAUUGAAAAUGAAGGAGUUGAGGCAAGCGAGGUUGGUGCCGACAAGAUCCUCGACGAAGAGUCUGGCUCUAGUGAAGGUGUCAUGAAGCAAGCCUUUGGUUUUAUCAAGAACCAUCUAAAGGUCGGUGCUGACAUGACCAAACUCCCCAUCCCAGCAACUUUUGUUGCCCCUCUCAGCUUCCUUGCUGCUCAACAACACCAAUCUGCCAUAUAUUCACAUGUUCUCAUGCAAGCCGACUCGAUAAAGGAUCCAGAACAAAGAUUUUUACAAGUUUUAAAAUAUCAUAUGACUUGGCCAAAGAUGUUUUUCCCAAAGAAUCCAUUAAAUCCAAUUUUGGGAGAAGUCCAUGAAUCACAUGUAUUAAAUGUAGAUGAAAAGACAAAUGAAACCAUCAAAGAUGAUAAAACUGUAUUUAUAGCUGAACAAGUAUCUCACCAUCCACCAAUAUCAUGUUUCCAUUUCCAUAAUGAUAAACAUGGAAUUACAUUUGAAUCAAAACAACAAAUCACACCAGUCUUUAAGGGUAAGCAUAUUCGUGCUACUAUGGACGUAAAGAAUGUUAUUACACUCAAAAACCACAAUGAAACCUAUAUCAAUGAAAAGUUCCCAGAGGGAUAUUUACGUCUACUCCGUUGGAAGUUUGAAUUCUGUGGUAAAUAUGGAUUCGUAUGUCCAGAGACUGGUUAUUCUGCACAAAUCAACUUUAAGGAUAAACCACUUAUUGGUAGUCAAUGGCAUACAGUCAAUGUUCAAGUAUUCAAGGGUACCGAAUUAAUAUAUGAUAUUACUGGUACUCAUGUUGAUACAUUAAAUAUUACAAAUGUUAAAGAUAAGAGCACAUCAGUUUUCAUUAAUUAUAAUACAAUGAGACAAGAUACAGUUACUGAAAAACCAUUUGAACAAUUAAAGGACAAUGAAUCGAUAAGAGUAUGGAAGGGUGUUGCCGAUGCUUUUGCUAAAAAGGAUGGUCGUCGAGCCGGUCUUGAGAAACAAAAGGUCGAAGAAGCCCAAAGAAAAAAGGCAAAGGCCCACCAAAAUCAUGUACAUGUCCCAGCUUAUUUCCAAUUCUACACUCCGGAAAACGUAAACAAACCAGACAUUCAUUUUAUUCUUCCAGCUACUCAACAAGAUCAAUCUUCAACAGUAACCCCUCAAGAAUAA